AUGAGCUUCGCAGGAAGGGUGUCCUGCUCCAUGCUCAACUGCUUUGGUGAAGAAGGGCCUCCCAGUCUGGAGUACAUCAAGGCCAAGGACCUGUUCCCCCAGAAGGAGCUGGUGAAGGAGGAUGAAAGCCUUCAGGUGCCAUUCGCAGUUCUUCAGGGGGAAGGGGUGGAAUAUCUUGGCUGUGCAGACGAAGCCAUCAUCGCCAUUUCUAACUACAGACUCCACAUCAAGUUCAAGGACUCUGUUAUCAACGUGCCUCUCAGGCUGAUAGACAACGUGGAGAGCAGAGAUAUGUUCCAGCUGCACAUCAUCUGCAAAGACUCCAAAGUUGUAAGAUGCCACUUUGCAACGUUCAAGCUGUGCCAGGAGUGGGUGAAGCGUCUGAACCGGGCCAUAGCUCACCCCGCCCGCCUGGAGGAUCUGUUCGCCCUCGCCUAUCACGCCUGGUGUCUGGGAGGCAACUCUGAUGAUGAAGACCAGCACGUCCAUCUCUGUCGCCCAGGGGAUAACGUGUGUCACAGAAUGGAAAUGGAGGUCAAGAGGAUGGGCUUCGACACGCAGAACGUCUGGAGAGUGUCAGACAUAAACUGCAACUUCAAGAUGUGCUCCAGCUACCCACAGAAGCUUCUGGUUCCAAUAUGGAUCACAGACAAGGAGCUGGAGAGUGUGGGCUCCUUCAGAUCCUGGAAGAGGAUCCCUGUGGUGGUCUACAGGCACCAGAAAAACGGGGCAGUGAUCUCCCGUUGCAGCCAGCCUGAGAUCAGCUGGUGGGGCUGGAGGAACACGGAUGAUGAGUACCUGGUGACAUCCAUCGCCAAGGCGUGUCAUUUGGACACCGGAGCAAAGGCCUGCAGACAUCGCGGGGACGCUCCAGACUCCUCCGAUAGUGAUUUUGACUCCUCUCUGACGGGCGGCUCUGGCUGCAGUGACAACACUGUGCCACAGAAGCUGCUGAUUCUGGACGCUCGCUCAUACACCGCCGCAGUGGCCAACAGAGCCAAGGGCGGAGGCUGUGAGUGUGAAGAGUACUACCCCAACUGCGAGGUGAUGUUCAUGGGAAUGGCAAACAUCCACGCCAUCCGGAACAGCUUCCAGGCUCUGAGGACCGUCUGCAGUCAGAUCCCCGAUCCAGGAAACUGGCUUUCGGCUCUUGAGAGCACACGUUGGCUGCAGCACCUGUCCAUCAUGCUGAAGGCAGCCACUCUGGUGUGUUCGGCUGUGGAGAGGGAUGGACGUCCUGUCCUGGUGCACUGUUCGGACGGGUGGGACCGCACACCCCAGAUUGUAGCCCUCUCCAAGAUCCUUCUGGACCCCUACUACAGGACAAUAGAGGGUUUCCAGGUGCUUGUAGAGACUGAGUGGCUGGACUACGGUCAUAAGUUCGGGGACCGCUGCGGCCACCAGGAGAACGCAGAUGACGUGAGCGAGCAGUGUCCCGUCUUCCUGCAGUGGCUGGACUCCGUCCACCAGCUGCUCAAACAGUUCCCCUGCCUGUUUGAGUUCAACGAGGCCUUCCUGGUCAAGCUGGUGCAGCAUACAUACUCGUGUCUGUACGGAACCUUCCUGUGCAACAACGCUCGUGAGAGGGAGGCGAGGAAUAUCUACAAACGCACCUGCUCCGUCUGGUCCCUGCUUCGCAAUGGAAACAAGAACUUCCAGAACUUCCUCUACAUCCCAAGUCAUGAUAUGGUGCUGCAGCCAGUCUGCCACACACGAGCGUUGCAGCUGUGGACCGCCGUCUACCUGCCCACCUCCUCCCCCUGCACCGCUGUGGACGACUCCAUGGAGCUCUACCUCCCCCCGAGUGUCACCGGAGACGAACUCACCUCCCGCUCUCUGGACAGACUUCCUAAGACCCGCUCCAUGGACAACUUGCUUUCAGCUUUUGAGAACGGGGUGCCCCUGACUCGCACUUCCAGCGACCCAAAUCUCAAUAAGCACUGCCAGGAGGGUCGCUCUGCCCCCGAGCCCCCCCCGGCCUCAGAGGAAACCUCUGCAGAGAUCUCUGAUGAGGCCUCAGCUGACACUAUACUGGACAGCAGUGAGGGGCAACCUCCACUCCAGAGUCCUGCUAAGACCUCUGAGGGGGUCCCAGCUUCAGAAAGCUGUGAGGACGCUACCGAGGAGCCAUGUCUCACCACGCAGCCCCUCCCCUCUCCGCCUCUCCCCCCGGUCCCUAUCAGUAAAGAAGUCGUGAUCGCAGACACUCCCUUCCCCUCACCUGUCCUUCAACAGGCUUUGCCUCAGAUCACUAACCCACUACCCCCGCCUCCCCCGAUGGAGCCCGAAAGCCCCUGUAGGACUGUUGAGAGCCCCCCUUCACCCUCUCAUAAAUCUAAACCGUGCUUACCUCUCCCCUGCAACGGCACGGAGCCUCACGCCGCCGUACCCUCCUCGCUGCCUGACGACCACGCUGAGGGGCAUGGAGACGGCCUCCCAGAAUCUGCAGACCUGCUGCAUCUACAGCAGCUAACAUCACUCCCCAUGGAGGACUCCACAGAGACUCUCACAGACGAGGGAGAGCUUCCCCCCACCCUGCCCCCCACGGAGAGCAAGGGUCUCCUCCAGGAUACUUUUAACCACAAGGUGCUGAAUGAGGAGCAGCCUGAGGAGAAGCCCCAGAAGGAGCAAGAAGAAGUGAGGACGGUUGUGGUUAGAGGAGCAGAGCGCGAGCUAACCGUUGCAGUGAGUCCUGUGGACUGCGCCCAGGCAGCCGCUCGUCACCUGAUCUCCCAGAGCCAGCUCUCAGACCUGUCGCUGCUGGGCUCCCACUGGGAGAGCGUGCAGGGCCUGGUGCAGUCGGCCUGCAGCAGCGCCUCUCACUCCGGGGUGGGCCGGGCCCUGCAGCAUAACGCUUACCAGAGCCGCCGGCUGGCCAGCAAACUGCUGCGCUCCCAGGGCUUCGCCAUGGCCAACGGGUCCCCGUGCUGCCGCAGGGAGGCUCUGUGUCACCCCAGCCCCCCCCUGCCGACCGGGUGGCUGUCUGCUGCCAGGAGUGUGGGCUACAGCGGCCUCUAUGCCCCCGCUGCCGCAGCCCUCAACAGCUACUCCCUGGCAGGCCAUCAGCUUCUGCCAGUGGCGUACUCCUCGCCCUCUGCUUCCAGCUCCCCCCCCCCGCCCCAGGCGCCGGCCUACCUGGACGACGACGGGCUGCCGGUGCCCCUGGACGCCGUGCAGCAGAGGCUGCGGCAGAUAGAGGCGGGAUACAAGCAGGAGGUGGAGGUGCUGAGGCUGCAGGUGAGGCAGCUGCAGAUGAGGCUGGAGAGCAAACAGUACAGCACCCCCCCCUCGGAGCCAGACGUCGACUACGAAGAUGACAUUACGUGUCUGCGGGAGUCCGACAACAGCAACGAGGAGGACUCGUUGUCAACACACAGCGAGGACCGCCUGUCUGAGGGCAGCUGGGACCGAGUGGACAGCAAGGACACAGAGGUCACGAGGUGGGUGCCCGACCACAUGGCCUCCCAUUGUUUCAACUGUGACUGCGAGUUUUGGAUAGCCAAGAGACGUCACCACUGCAGGAACUGCGGCAAUGUGUUCUGUAAAGACUGCUGCAACCUGAAGCUGCCCAUCCCCGACCAGCAGCUGUAUGACCCGGUGUUGGUGUGCAACAUCUGCUACGACCUGCUCCUGGUGUGCCGCACCCGCGAGAUCCGCAGCCAGCAGCUGAAGAAGGCCAUCGCCACAGCCUCCAGCUGAGAGAAGCGUCGUUUAGCCUGGCCCGCCUCGGCACUGUCCUGCUCCUUUUGGACUGAUGAGCUGAGCGCCCCGUUGUAACCGCAACCUGCCGUGGUUCUGGCUGCUGGGGGGAGGAUGUUGAGGAGGAAUUGUUACUCUUUGAUAGGUUUGGGAGAAGAGAUGCACUAUGAGACUGUCCUGAGAGGCGGAAGAAAGGAAAGGGGAAGUGUGAGAUGGAGGCGUGUCAGCAUGGGGGAAACCCUUCUGAUCAGAGACAUUUUCAGGCCUGAGCCCUGCUGCGUCCAGCGGCCUCCACACGGCUCCGCCCCCUCCUGGAGCCCCGUACGAGGCUCUCCUCUCACCUGUCCACCCCCCUUUAGUACCAAACACCUGCACCCUCCUUACAGACACUGUCUCGCACUUCAGAGGACAAUCGCUCGCCCUUCCUACGUGUCGGGGGACUCCGAAGCCUUUACCUGUACUACUGGAGGCUUUCAACUUUAAAAGAAAAUAAUUGCUGCUACAGUAUUUAAAAGUCUAAUUUUGUAUUCUUAUUUUUGUGCACUACUAGCUGUCGUGUGUUGGAGGGAAUUUGAGACCAAACUUGAGCAAAAGGGAGAAAUCUGCUGUUUACUUUGUCAUUGCAUCUUUUUUUCUUGGAGCUUGAAUGUAAUAUGUAACGGAUAACUGGAUCGAGUUUUUGUGCAUUGGUGGGUCGUAUUUGUGUUUCAUUGCUGCAAUGUGUUCUCAAGAUGAUGUAUAUGCACAGUCAAUGUGGUUCUGUCUUUAUCGAUGCUUUUCUCCAGUAUAGCCAUGUUGUGACAUUCUGAGGGAUGUGCGUGGACCGAGCGAUGCAGUGAUGCGUGUUUUGUUUGUUUAAUGGGACGUGUGCUUGAUGUGCUAAGAGGAAGAGAACACAAUAACGAUUGGAGACAGCAGAUUUCUGUAACGUCUUCUUCUGAUGUGGUGAAAUGGCAUUUGAAGGUACUGCAAUGUGACAGAGGGAAGGUUUUCCUGCUGAGGUGUUUGUGAAUGAAUUAGUAAUGUCCACAUGAAGCUUGACGUCCACCUGACUGAUGACUCCUCCGAGUGUUAACUGGCAGUAAAGACUGAACAAAGUGCUAGGAGUUUCUUGUUCUUUACAGGGGAGUUUGGCCACAGUCCCCUUUAAAUACUGUGUUUGUGUCUACUGUUUGUUGAGACAAUAGUGCCAUAUUUUGUUUUGUUUAAAGCCUUUUUCUUUCCUAUGGAUGGCAGCAGGUUUCUAAUUGGCCACAUUUCUGUAUGUUUUAUUGGUACAGAUAGUUACCUACUUGAUAACACUGAGAAAGCUAAAUAUUAACAGAUGGUGCGCUUUGAUAAGAGGCUAACGUUUCAAUAGAUGAUGGGAUGUCACUGAACUACUUAACCUGUGAGGUUAUCCAUUGUCUAAUAUUUGAGGUUUUUUCCACACGGUGUUCAUGAAGUCGAAAUGUCUAAGAGGAAUUCAGAAAUGUAACAUACAUAGUUAUCUGAUCCGUAGUGGUGGCUCAAACCUGUCACUUAAUGAAUAAUUGUUGUAAAGAAAUGCACUGUAAAAGAUAAAUCCCAUGGGUUAAAAUAAAAGAUUAUAUCAUG